UGAUGAUGAUAAUGAAGAAGAUUCAUGUAACUGAUCCAGUAUAAUAAUGUGACCCCGGAAGUGCAGAUCCCGAAUUUAAGGGGAGGAUGCCCGGCUGAUAAGCGAACAAAGCGCUCGGCACACUCGUCUGCCGUUCCUAGCAUCUUAUUUCCCAUUCUAUAUACCUAUAUAUUUUCAAAUAUCCAAGGUUCGCCUACAUAAUAAUUUUUUUUGACUAGAGGAAGAUGGGGACCAGAGACGACGAAUAUGAUUAUUUGUUUAAAGUGGUGCUGAUCGGGGACUCUGGCGUGGGAAAGAGCAACCUGCUGUCCCGUUUCACAAGGAACGAGUUCAACCUGGAGAGCAAGAGCACCAUCGGGGUGGAGUUCGCCACCCGCAGCAUCCAGGUGGACGGGAAGACAGUGAAGGCCCAGAUCUGGGACACGGCUGGACAGGAGCGCUACAGAGCCAUCACCUCGGCGUACUACCGCGGUGCGGUGGGGGCCCUGCUGGUGUACGACAUCGCCAAGCACCUGACCUACGAGAACGUGGAGCGCUGGCUGAAGGAGCUGCGCGACCACGCCGACAGCAACAUCGUCAUCAUGCUGGUGGGCAACAAGAGCGACCUGCGGCACCUGCGGGCCGUGCCCACCGACGAGGCGCGGGCCUUCGCGGAGAAGAAUGGAUUGUCGUUCCUUGAAACGUCAGCUUUAGACUCUACUAAUGUUGAGACGGCCUUCCAGACCAUUUUGACAGAGAUCUACCGCAUCGUCUCCCAGAAACAGAUGUCGGACCGCAGAGAAAACGACCUGUCUCCUAGCAACAACGUGGUGUCCAUCCAAGUGCAGCCGACGGAGAGCAAACCGAAAAUGCAGUGCUGUCAGAGCAUCUAGUAACGUUCUCACACCUGCAGAGGUCUCCACGCCCUUCACUAAAGAACCCGUUUGGCACCUUGGCAAUGCCAUGAGGCCAGAUUAAAGGGCAACUUAAAAUCUGGGUUUUGGCGGUUUGCUCUCUGGGCUGAGUUUUUUUUCUGUUAGGGUGGGCUUUUGUAUCGCAGAACAUAAAUAAUAUGACGUGCUUAUCUCCACGGAAAUGUC